AUGCGUCAAGAGACCACAGUCACACAGAAGUCACCAGUGCCCAAAUCCUACGGCUUCCUUCCGAAAGGCGACCGCUACAAGACACUGCAUUGCCGCAAACUCACCCACGAAGCUGGCCGUCCACUGUACGUCGUUGUCGACGGCCAGAAAAGAACGACUGGCAUCCGUAUCCCCUUGCACGUUCUGCACAAGGUCAACAAGCUGUCGAAAGAAACGUUGUCAACCCGUCGCGCAGCUACAACGAAGCGCGAUGCAACUGACAUUGCGAACGCAGCUGCUGAGAUAGAUACGCAGUUUCCGAAGAUACCAGCGUCAGAGAAGCAAGCCGUACUUAAGCACGGCUUCAAGAAACACUCUGGUCGAGUCGGCCGAACGACCUCAAUACCGUUAUCACGGAAGAUUUUGUUUGCUGUCAUUGCGCAUGUCCGCCAUACGCACACUGACUAUGAUGCGUUGUUGCAGGGUGGAAAGAGCAGGGGACACGCGAGGAAGACCACGAGAAAAGAACUCAAUUGGUACUUCCGGACUGAGAGCGCAUAG